UUCACGCGGCGUCCCCGACCAGCUUACCCGUUUCGUCGCCCUCUUCAGCCUUCUUCCUUUCACACGGAAGCGGAGUACGAUCGCCGAACGACGACCGCGAAAGACGCGCCGCUCCGGCGUCGAACACCUCGCCGACUAUCCCAUUCAUUUUUUUUCCCUUUUCGCUUGCUUUUCUGGGCAUUGAGUGGAGAUGGGCGACGCGGAGGCCGCCCGCGGCGACCUGGUGCAGCGACUGAAGCCACCGCCAUCGCCGGCGACUUCGUCUUCGUGUUCCUCGGUCGUGGUUCCGGAAGGAGGCGCUGUUUUCUUCCGCCAUGGAAGCUUCGUACGCCCCGGCAUUCCGCCUAGUGCUCCUUCACCGUCUCCUCCGUUUCACUUCCGAUCUCUCUCCCGAAACCCCACCUUCUCCACCCUCGGUUCCUCGUCGCCUAACCCCAUCCCUCCACCCUUCGAUUCUGCUGGCUUGCCUCCUCGCAACGCUCACCGACGGUCGCAGAGCGAUGUCCCAAUCGGUUUCUUCCAGUCUGCUUCCCCAUCUGGUCCCAUGGCGGCCGAUGGGGCCACAUCAGCGAUGAUCUGGCAACAGCGCCCUCUUCCUCCUCAGAAAGUGAAGCAGGAGGCCGAGUGGGAGAAAGAGACGGAGAGCAGCGCGGAGGGGAAGUCGGAAGGGGACACCGCCGAUGACCUCUUUAAUGCUUACAUGAACUUAGAUGCGCUCGAUGCGUCGGGAAUGGAGGAGAAACACGGGGAUCUGGAUAGCAACAAGUUGAGCGGGACGAGGACUAGCAUGGCCGACAGCAGUGAGAACGAGGCGGAGAGUAGCUCCAUGGACCACUCCGGUGACAAGAGGAGCGUCGAGGGCGAUCUUAAUCCUGUGACUACACGCCACUUCAGGAGCCUUUCCAUGGAUAGUCUCUCAGGGAAGCUUCGCUUCGGGGACGAACCUCCCCAGCUGCUGCCUUCUUCGGCAAGUCAAACGGCGCAUCAUUCACGCAGUGAUUCUUUGGAUGGCACUGCAAAUGUGCUGAAUUCGGAGUUUCUCAAUACCAAAUUCAACAGCGUGGAGAUCAAGAAGAUAAUGGCGAAUGAGAAGCUUGCAGAAAUGGCAUUAGCAGAUCCAAGAAGAGUCAAGAGGAUUUUAGCCAAUCGACAAUCUGCUGCGCGAUCGAAGGAGCGGAAGAUGAGGUAUAUAUCGGAAUUGGAGCAGAAGGUGCAAACUUUGCAGACAGAAGCAACUACAUUAUCUGCACGAUUGACCUUGCUGCAAGUCUGUCAUCUGUGUUAUCCUAUAUCUUCAUAUGAAUUACCUAGGGAUUCGACAGGGUUGUCACGCCAGAACAAUGAGCUUAGGAUUCGUCUUCAAGCCAUGGAGCAACAGGCACAACUGAGAGAUGCCAUCAAUGAGACUCUGAAUGCAGAGGUUCAGCGACUGAAGCUUGCAACCAGUGAAAUCACCGAGAGCAACCUAUCGAAGAAUGUAGAUCGACAAGCGAUAAAUGCUCAGAUCUUCCCCCCACAUCAGUUGCAACUGCAGCAGCAACAUCAGGUAUCAGCUCAUAUUCCUCUCUAUCAUUUUCAGUCGCAACACCAGCAGCAACAACAGCAAAGCAGCGGUGGGUUGGAUUUGGAAUCAAAGAAAUGAUAGAAGAAAUUGAGAAUGAUGACUUUGGACUCUUUUAAGAAAAUUUUAUCCUUGCAUUUAGGCAUUUACUAUAAUUUAUGGGGAUUGUCAUUGUAUUUUAUCGAUUGACCAUGUCAGCUUAUUGCAUUAUGUAGAUUUGUUUUUUGGAGUUAAUUUAAUUUUUUUAAAAAAAUAA